GGUGGGCAGAGGGAACUUGUGCAGCUGACUUUUAGUGCUGCACGAUCACACAACGCCGAUUGCUCGGAGUGUUCUUUCGUCCCUCGGAGAGACUUUUUCUGAUGUAUUUCUAGCGGACGAGAACGUGGAGAUGAGCCAGUUGGACGGAUUUUUGCAGCGCGUAAAAAUUGUGGAUGGUUACUUUUGCGCGUGAACAUUUAAAGGACUAUUUCGUCUCCAAAAGUUGCAGUAGGCCGUAAUACAAGACAACAGGUCAAAUUUCUCCCCUCUGCAAAAACAUCGCCCACAAGCAGGCUGGAAGACCACCGACUCCGGAGAACGCCGCGAACCCGCAGAGCGCAGAUGAUCGCAACUGGUGUUUGUGGCGUCGCGCUGGUGCUGGUGUUGGUGAUUCUGAUCCCUGUCGUGGUGAACUCCGCCGGGACUCCUGCCCGCUACGAGAUGCUCGGGUCUUGUCAAAUGGUGUGCGACACCCACGGGACCGCAGCUACGGCCACGGUCAAAGCGAACAACCCCAUCAAGGACAACCGGCUGGUUCAGUCGCUCCCGACGUUCAUCCAAGGUCCUCAAGGCGAGCCGGGGCGCGUCGGGAGGAUGGGCCCGAGGGGUCCGGUUGGCGAGCCGGGACCACCUGGACCUGCCGGUCCGACCGGGGAGAGAGGGGCACCGGGCCCCCCGGGUCCGCCCGGAGCACCCGGAGCAAAUGGGCCCAACGGUGCCAUCAGCGCCGCCACUUACAACACAGUCCCCAAAAUUGCAUUUUAUGCAGGACUGAAGAAGCAGCACGAGGGAUAUGAAGUGCUGAAAUUCGACGACGUCGUCACCAAUCUUGGCAACCACUACGACCCCUCUACGGGGAAAUUCACCUGUUCAAUACCGGGGAUUUACUUCUUUGUUUACCAUGUGCUGAUGCGAGGCGGAGACGGAACCAGCAUGUGGGCUGACCUCUGUAAAAACAACCAGGUGAGAGCCAGUGCCAUCGCCCAAGACGCCGACCAGAACUACGACUACGCCAGCAACAGCGUUGUCCUGCACCUCGAGCCGGGGGACGAGAUCUACAUCAAGCUGGAUGGCGGCAAGGCGCACGGGGGCAACAACAACAAGUACAGCACCUUCUCCGGCUUCAUGCUGUACGCUGAUUGAGACACGGACACGCAUCUGCCGAGGGGAGGGGAUCUGCGCUCGCUGCACAUAGCUUCUGCUUCAUUGCUCGGUCUCGGUUCAGUGUCAGCUGGAUUCUAAGAGACAGACAUCACUAUUACCAUAUUGCAAACGACUCAAGGAUGAUGUGGAGGAAGGCAUGCGAAUAAAGAAAGAAAGAAAGAAAACGACUGUACUUAGCAAUAGCCAGUCUCCCACAGUGUUAUCACAUGGCGGGGAGAAGGGAUCUUAAUUUCAAUUUAAUUGUCCCCUUGUCAGAUUGAUUAGUGCACUUUGAAUGAACUCCAGCUUUACAAAUUCAGUUUGCUGACAGCUUUGUUAAUACAUACUGAGUGACUGUAGAUGAAAAAUGCAACGUAUUGACCUUUGGCAUCGAAUAUCAGAUGCUAAAAUGAAGCUCGAAUAAUCACCACCCACGUUCACAGCGUUGUUCGUCCACACGUGUGCUUUAUUUUUUCACAAAUAUGUGAUAGUUUUUGCAUUUUGGGUGAAAAUAUUAAAAUUUGUAGUGAUGCAUGAUUAUACAAAUCCACAUUUUAACUCUUGAGAAGCAUAAAGAUAUUUGAAGAGAUUGAAAUCUGUAAAGGGCCUUUCUGAUGUUCACAUUGAAGCAGUGUUUCAAAAAUGAUCAGCGUAACUCAUUUUUCUUGUCUGUCUAGAUAUGACAGCUGGUUGGGACAACAGGGGGAGGUCUGGUAGUUAGUCACCGCCGCAAAGCUGGACAGUCAGACGGACAGAAAUCUUUUCCUCGAGCCCAAAAAAUGUCCAUCGAUCUGCCGGCUGACUGUUAAGCCCCCUCCCCAGAUAAGACUGUCAGCUACAAUGUUAAAUAUAUUGUAAAAUGAAAUCCUCUGGCUCACUUUGUAAUCCUCUCCGGAGAAGAUUAAUCAAAAGUUAUAUAGUUUUUCAUGGCGCACACAGUCGGAUGUUGCGAUCGCGCCAUUGAUCAUGUGGCGAAGUCACCCUGCGAGGCCACCUGUUUCCAGGUGAGAGGAGAACAUGUCCUUCAUCUGGGCCUGCCAGACAGUCGGCCUCCCAUAGACACCCAGACACCCACUGAGGGGCGACAGGACAACUCAUCUAACACAGAGCCACAUUGUGUCGGGAGCCGAGCAGCAUACUGAUUAACCAACGCGCUCGUUAUUUACCUUCCAUAAAAAAAAAAAAAACGUGUUUGCAGAAAUGUCACUCGCAAAUAUGGAGAAAGGCGCUGCGGCGGCAAAACAUUGAAAAUUAAACGUCUAUUAGCACCAUAUACUGUAUGUGAGCACCUUCGCAGACGAUACCCUCAGCA